AUGUCGGAUGCUUGUUCUUCCAACACCCCCAAAACAAACAAGAACAGAAACACCAAUCAAAACACAACUUUUGUUCGAACUGAGCCGGAAAAUUUUCGUGAUAUAGUCCAAAGGCUGACCGGACCCGCCCCUAAUUUUCGUGAUAUAGUCCAAAGGCAAACCAGUCAGCUCAAUCAAAAUGCAACCCCUCAUGGGCAGAAUGCAUUUGUCCCUGGCAAUAUGAUGACAGAAGUGUCACCUUCUAUGCUAGAAGACAAUGCAAUUGCCAACAAAGGCUUUUAUCUGUAUCCAAAUCCAUUGGGUACUAAUUCAAACAAUAUUGAGCCGCAGCUUUUGGAUUUGUUUCCUACCUCCCCAGAACCCAAGCUCCUGGACUUGUUUCCUACAUCUCCAGAUGCUUGA